AUGUAUUUAAAACUAAUUAGCAAAGUGUUCAUUUUAAAUUAUUUUAUACAAUGUAUCUUAUUUGCAGACGCUAGGCAAUUCAGAGUAACUGACCAAGUUUAUUUCGAUAUACAUAGAGAAGACAAAGCCGUAGGCAGGAUAGUUAUAGGAUUGUUUGGUGAUUUGGCACCACGAGCGGUUAAAAAUUUUAAAGUACUUGCUUCCAAAGGUAUCAGAGGAAAAUCAUAUAAGGGUACAAGUUUUACACGCAUCAUUAAAAGAUUCAUGAUACAAGGAGGUGACAUUGUAAAUGAUGACGGUUCUGGAUCUAUUAGCAUUUAUGGAGAAACAUUUGAUGAUGAAAACUUGGAUACACAACAUAGUGUAGCAGGAUUUGUAUCUAUGGCCAACAGAGGAAAAAAUACAAACGGCUGUCAGUUCAUAAUAACUACAACUGGAACGCCAUGGUUGGAUGGACUGCAUACGGUAAUAGGAAAGGUUGUAGAGGGUCAAAACUUGGUACACGUAGUAGAGCACACGCCCACAGACGGCGACGACCGGCCCACGCAGCAGGUGUACAUCGCUGACUGCGGCUUGCUGCCCACGCCACAGCCCUUUUACAUAUCUGACGACCCUUAUGAUCUGUGGGCGUGGAUCAAAGCAUCAGCGGUCCCGCUCAGCAUGUCGUUUUCAAUCUUGGGAUUCUUUCAUUGGAUGAUAAAGAAAAUGGAAAUCUAA